GCGGAGGCUAUGCUAACAGCAGCUAACCAGCUGACAGCCAGAGGAGAGUACGGGACGUUUCCAGCCUGUCAAGUCCUGCCGGGGAACUGCAGUUGCCCGUGGGUAUGGCCGCUUUAGGUGGUGUGUGGUCACUUUGACCCGUGUCCACGCGCUGCUGCUGCUCUCUGGACAAGGCUUGCACUGUUGUUGACACACACGACGAGCGCGGGUGCGGAUCCGCUUCCUCCGCGCUGAGUUGCUAGCUUAACUUUUCUUUUCUUUUUCUUUUUUUUCUUUCGCGGAAGUUUUCCUCGGACAUGCAUCCAAACCCUUUAUUCUCUCUGACGCGGCAUUAAGCCGAACUGAAGUCGUCGGUCACCGCUUGCGAUGAAGCUUCAGUGUGAUGUCGAGGUGGUGAAUCGGAUGCUCCCCUCUUACGGGAUGAAAAGUCGAGGGAAGGGAACCAGAGCAGUGCUCUCCAUCGGGAAACAUUUGGACAAGACGAGUCAACGCAGCAAUAUCUACAUGAUGAUCUGCACAGCCAAAGACAGGGCAGGAUCCAAGUACAAGCUGAAAGACAACAUAGAGAAAUUCUUCACCUGGUUUGUGGAGGAAGGAAAGGCGACUGUGAGAUUAAAGGAACCAGCUGUCGACAUUUGUUUGAGCAAGGCUGACGCAAACAGCUUGAAGAACUUCCUCUCAGCAGCCCGUCUGGCACACAGAGGAAGUGACACGAGCAGCCUUCCCCUGUCCACGCUCACUCCUGUUCGGGCCAGAGACGUAGAGCAGCCAAAGAAGAAGCUCACCAUCAACUCCAAGAAGGAUUACCCCCUCACCUCCAACUUUCCAUAUUCACUGGAGCAGCUGCAGGUGUCCUACUGCAAACUGUCCCGGGUGGACAUGCGCAUGCUCUCCCUCAAAGCUCUCCGCAAACUGGACCUCAGCAACAACCACAUCAGGAAACUCCCCGCCACUGUGGGUGACCUCAGCUGCCUCUCUGAGCUCAUCCUCCACAACAACCACCUGGAAGCCUUCAGCGAAGCCCUCUGCCUGUCCACGCUGCAGCGGACCCUCCGGGUGCUGGACAUCAGCCAGAACCGCCUGCAGUCCCUGCCCGCCCAGUUCUGCCAGCUCAGAGAGCUGGUCAACCUCAAGCUGGACGACAACGAGCUCGCGUGUCUGCCCUUCCACAUCGGCCGGCUCUCCAAGCUGAGGUUCCUGUCGGCCGCACACAACCAGCUGGCCGUUCUGCCCGGCGACUUCCGCAAGCUGAGUCUGGAGAACCUGGACUUGUUCGGAAAUCCCUUCGUCCAGCCCAAUCCUCUGGACCACAAAAUGCGACUCACAUUCCCUCUCCCCCUCCAGGAGUUAGCCUCCAGAGCUGUAACUAACCUCAGGAUUCCAUAUGGACCUCACCUCAUUCCGGCCCACCUGUGUGGCGACCUCGAAGUGGCCAAGACCUGCGACUGUGGCAGGGCCUGCAUCAACUUCCACAUCCGGACGGCCGUGAGCAUGAACCUGCACCAGGUCUCUCACACGGUGGUGCUGGUGGACGACAUGGGGGGCACGGACGCCCCCGUGCAGCAGCACUUCUGCUCCCUGUCCUGCUACUCCCAGUUCCUAGACAACUCCCUCCAGAGAGGAGUCAGAUGAAAACACAGCCACAGGCCGGAAACGGCCGUGGGCGACACAGUUGACUUACUUUCAUUUCCUUUUUUUAAUUUUUUGUUUUUUAGUUCAGUUUUGUUGCAAAAUGCCGUAUGAGUUUUUGUUGCGCCGACCAGAGGAGGCAGCAGACCGGUGGUCCACAGGGGUGGUUGCUUUUAAAUGGAGGGGAACUUUGGUUUUAAAAUGGCUUCAAGCUGCUUGUUUUACACUUGCAUUCUAACAGUAUCUAUCCUGUUUGGACCAGAGGGGCACUGACCAUUAGUCCUGACAAAAACCCCUGUGCUGCCGGCAGGUCUCAUCCUGUAUCUCGUCUUUCUUCGUUUCUCCUGCCUUUUACAUGAGACCGCAGCCCCCCCCCCCCCUCCCGCUGACCUGCUCCUCUAAGGCAGGGGGAUAAAGAACGCUGUGCCUCAGAGUCCACUAGCAGUGGCUAAGGAGAGUUAGUUGUUAUGGUGUAAAUGACCAAGGUUUUUAUAUAUAACUGAAUAAAAAUAAAGUAUUCAUUGUCUUUUGUA